AUGUUGGACCAAAUGGCAAACGAAAUCAAGCUUUUGUCGGGUAGCUCCCACCCAGAGCUCAGUGCUCAAGUCGCCAGCCGGCUGGGCAUUGAUGUUGCCAACACCAUGAGUCUCCACUACUCGAACCAGGAGACCAGCGUGUCCAUCGGCGAGUCUGUGCGAGACGAGGAUGUCUUCAUCCUGCAGUCUACCGCCCCGGGCGAUGUCAAUGACGGUCUUAUGGAGCUGCUCAUCAUGAUCCAUGCCUGCCGCACCGCAUCCGCCCGUCGCAUCACUGCAGUCAUCCCGAGCUUUCCAUAUGCCCGUCAGGACAAGAAGGACAAGUCUCGGGCUCCCAUCAGCGCUAAGCUGAUCGCCAAUAUGCUCCAGGUGUCUGGUUGCAACCAUGUCAUCACCAUGGACCUCCAUGCUUCCCAGAUUCAGGGUUUCUUCAAUGUUCCCGUGGACAACCUGUAUGCCGAGCCCUCGGUGCUACGAUGGAUCCGAGAGAACCUGGAUUCUGACAACGUCGUUAUUGUCUCACCCGAUGCUGGUGGUGCCAAACGUGCUACUUCCAUUGCUGAUCGUUUGAACACGGCCUUUGCUCUGAUCCACAAGGAGCGUCCCCGACCCAACGAGGUUGGACGCAUGGUCCUCGUUGGUGACGUUCAGGACAAGGUUGCCAUUCUGGUUGACGACAUGGCUGACACUUGUGGAACGCUUGCCAAGGCCGCUGCAACAGUGAGCGAGCACGGCGCCAAGGAGGUCUGGGCCAUCGUCACCCACGGCAUUCUCAGUGGAAAGGCCAUUGAAACCAUCAACAGCUCGUGCCUUUCUGGCCUGGUUGUCACAAACAUCGGUGACAAGACUGUCCGUUGCCCCAAGCUGAAGGUCAUGGACGUGUCGGGAACUUUGGCCGAGGCUAUUCGACGAACUCACAACGGCGAGUCCGUCUCUUACCUCUUCAACAACGUUCCCGUCUGA